AUGGCGAUGCCGUCCAAAGAUUUAGUGUCAGAGGCUGUUGAACUUUACUUUCAAUUUUGUCAUAAACAACCUCUGUGGCUUUUUGAUUCGGAUAAUCUUUGUUUCUUGGAAGAUUGUCGCCACGAAGUGAUUUUUGGUAUACUCAGCCUGGCAUUGCGCUAUUCCAAUAAUCAGUCCCUCAGAGGAAAUAUCGACCAAUUAUGCCGACAAUAUGCCGACGCAGCUCAUAACUUAAUUAUGAUGCGAAUUUCUCAUGGAAACGUGCAUCUUUCUACAAUGCAGAGUCUUUGUUUGAUUGCUCUUGCUGAGUACAUUGCGAACGAUACUCAUCUCGCUUGGGUACAUAUGGGUCUUGUUACAAGUCUUGCAAAGUCUGGUGAGAUCGAUAUUGAAUUGCACGAAGGGGAGAUUACUCCAACCUUAGAAGCUCGUCGAAGGCUUUUUUGGAGUAUACACUUUCUCAGUCAGCAAUAUGGUCCUCGUAGUAUGCAAGUUAAUAUGCUAGGAGACAUCCACAGUCCAAAAUACAUGGCCAUCAAUUUCGACUCUUCUCGAGAAAUGGGAGUUCAGCCGCCACAAAUACCGCAAGAAAUUGACUGCUUCACCACUAAAUCCGGGAUCUGGAAUUACAUGGUACAGCUGGCGUCCCUUUGGAACGAGGCUCAGUAUUAUGUUUCCUACUGUGCCAGUGGAGACUUGACCCCUCCUUGGUCAGUUGAGUCCGGAUAUUCAAUAAUUGGAGCACACUUGAUGGAUAUUGAGACUAAAUUCCCAACGUCACAUCGAUAUGAUUCUAUGAGAUUUCAAGAACAGGCAGUGGAAGACUUGUAUCGAGACCGCAGCUACUGGAGUCCAUGGCUCUAUCUUCAGUUCACUUAUCACGCCAUUCAUUGCAUUCUCAAUCAUCCUUUUCUAUACUCUUGGAGGCCUCAGCAGUCGUCUCAGCUUGCAGUGCCGAAUACCUUCUGGAAGACAUCUUCGGAGCUUGCGCUUAUCCAUACAACAUGGAUAGCUCGACUCAUCGAAAUGAUAACUGAGAAAGAGUAUCAACUCUCAGAUCCGUUUCUCGGCCAUACUGUUGCUGUAGCGGCUUCCAUUCAAAUUUACUACUGUCGUGCCGCAGAUUCUGCUGUCAGGGAAUCUGCCCAAAGGAUGGUCGAGACAUGCAUGAAGUUCUUGAGUAAAUUGGCGGCAAAUAUGCCAAGAUGCCAUGCAAUAGUGAGUCCGCUCCGAAAUAUUUUCAAGCGAACUGUGGAUAUGUCAGAUGGUGGACAAGCAUUACCACCUUAUUCGAGCACUGUGAAUUCUCACUUCGCCACCGAAAACUUGGAAUCUCAACAUUUGGAUCAAAGCAAUACCGUUUCAAUUGAGACCAGUGCAAACCAGGUCCCAAUGCAACGAGAUGCAUUUCCAUGGUCAGGGUCUGGGUUUCAGAGCAAUAUGUCCUUCAUGGACAUAACUCGUGACCCAUUUUAUCAAUUCCAAGACCAUGAAAAUCCUUAUCUAGGAAUUUGGCAAAUUGGAAAUCUCUAA